GCGGCGGGGGAGGAGGAGGGAGCGGCCGCCGCCGCCGCCGUGCGCUCGCGGGCCGGGCGGAGCUGCGCAGUCCUCUCGCAGCUGCGCCAGGACAGCCGGCGCGGCCGUGCCCACAAGUUGCCGGCAGCCGUGCGCCGCGCCGCCUCCUCCUGCUCGCGGCCCCCCGCGCCCACCCGGCGGCGGUCACCGGCUCCAGGACGCACGUCGCGCGGACCCCCACCCACAUGUAAAGCGGGACCGCAGCCCCUCGUACCCCGGCGCCCUCCAGAGUCACUCCAGCGUCUCCCCUGCCAAACCCCGCGGCUGGAAGAUGUGGCAGCCGGCCACCGAGCGCCUGCAGCACUUUCAGACCAUGCUGAAGUCGAAAUUGAAUGUCCUAACACUGAAAAAGGAACCUCUCCCAGCGGUCAUCUUCCACGAGCCCGAGGCCAUCGAGCUGUGCACCACCAUGCCCCUGAUGAAGACCAGGACUCACGGUGGCUGCAAGGUUACCUACCUGGGUAAAGUCCCCACCACAGGCAUGCAGUUUUUGUCAGGCUGCACGGAAAAGCCAGUCGUCGAGCUCUGGAAGAGGCACACACUAGCCCGAGAAGACGUCUUUCCAGCCAACGCUCUCCUGGAAAUCCGACCAUUCCAAGUGUGGCUCCAUCACCUCGACCACAAAGGGGAGGCCACCGUCCACAUGGACACCUUUCAGGUGGCCCGCAUCGCCUACUGCACCGCUGAUCACAACGUGAGCCCCAACAUCUUCGCCUGGGUUUACAGGGAGAUCAAUGACGACCUGUCCUACCAGAUGGACUGCCACGCGGUGGAGUGUGAGAGCAAGCUGGAGGCCAAGAAGCUGGCCCACGCCAUGAUGGAGGCCUUCAAGAAGACUUUCCACAGUAUGAAGAGCGAUGGCCGGAUCCACAGGAACAGCUCCUCCGAAGAGGUUUCCCAGGAACUGGAAUCCGAUGAUGGCUGAAAGAACUCAGGACACUUCGGCAAAGGCAGCAUUGGUCAAAGAAUUGGAGGCAAUAGAUGAAUAAGCGAUCAUUCACAUUUGGGAUGAAAAGACUGCCAAACUAUUGGUGGUGCAAGCUUUUGAAAUUCAGAAGAGAAAUUCUAAAUCUAAAGAAAUGUAUUAUUAAAGUAAUUGCGUUACAUUGAAAUCUGCUGCUGCUGACUGUGAGGAGGAUGGGUGCGCGGAUGGGGAGGAAAGUUCCAGACUCUCUUCUUCUUUUGUUUUUGUUUUUGUUUUUUUCCUCAUUUCCCAAUACCUCCCUGUAGGAGAUCUCUAUGCCGAUUUUCAACACUCUCAGUCAAAUACGCUGCGGCUGUUACGUGAUGGACGAUUCCAGUUUGCCUUAUAAGACCUAGCAAGCAUGUCAGCUGCGCCUACGGGACCCCCAGGCACGGGGGCUCGGGGAGGUGGACGCAGCUGAUGGGGGAGGGGGAGGCUGCAGGGCGGAAGCUGAUCCAGAGCUCCUCUCCUCCGCACGCUGCAGAUUCUCUCCUCAAUAAGCAAAUCAGCACAGCCUUCAUUGAGCUUUACAACUAACAACCUGAUAGUUGGCAGUUAAUUCACAGUUAAAGAUAAUGCUUUUAUUUACAUAACUAUAUCAAUAGUACCCUCCUUUGUAUUCACUUCAUCUACUUUCUUAGAAUACUUGCAACUACUAACAGCCCCUUUCCUCCACCAGCCCAUCUGCCCUCUUUCCCCUUCCAACCCAUGCCAACGUCCCCAACAGGGACAGACUCUCAACAUACACUGCAGGACACCAAAAGGGAAGAAAAUCACCAAGCAGAUGAAAUACACCAUCAAAAUAGAAGUUUAAACAACCACAACAUCAACCUUGGAAAGAGGGAAUGAGUUAUCAGCAAGUGAACAAACCCCACGUAGGCCGUCCUUUCCUCAACCCUGAUUUAUGGUGACUUAUGUAGCUGAUGGUCCUCUCUGGUGAAUCCUUCAUGGCAAGCUUCAAAUCUGAUUUGGUAUCACCGAGGAAGUCUUGUCCCACCUCUCAACAUUGCUCUUGACUAGGGAAUGCAUUAUCUAAACUUGGCUUGUCUAGAGGACCUAUAUCCAUCUUAAAUCUAGAGGGAAAUCUGACCUUGUUAACUUUGAACUGACCUGGUUAUCUUAAAGUUGGUGAUAUCUUAGGGUCAGAAUUGCCAGUUUGUUCACUAUUUCUAAUUAAAAGUUCUCACUAAGAGAACCCGAGAUGUCUGUUUCAUGGAUCUUUAAAUACCAUGAAUGCCAAGAGUCAGCAUCGGAUGGAACUGAACGUGUUGGUUAAAUGCACACAUUUAAGGCCGAGAGCAGAGGAGUAGUUUUUCAGGUAAUGCUGCUCCUUUAUGAAAAGUCUGUUUUUAAUCCUGGCAAUGUUAGGGACACUGGGGCACCUUACAGAAGCCUUAAAUGAGAGCUGGUCGAACCCAGAGAGUGAUGGUGUCGGCGCUGUGGUCUGUGUAUCUGUGUGUCCGUGUAUGCGUUGGUGUGUGUGUAAAUGUGACCCGCGUGAGGGUCCAGUUUUAAGGCAUGUAGAAUAAGCAUGGAGUCACAUUGAGGAGAACUCGCCUUUUGAGGAAAUGCUUGCUGCUUUACAAUACAUGUAAACUAUUCUUUAGCAUAAAUGCAUUCAUUCUUUAAUAAAAAAUAUGUUUGCAUUAAUAAAGCUGAGGAGUUUCAUACUUUA